AACCCUGAGGUUUAUUACUAGCCAAACCUGCGCUACAUUAGUCUCUUUUCCUUUUUCCGCCGCUUAAAAACGAACGGAAGAAAAUCGCCGCCACCAGCGCCGGCAAAUACAAUCGCCGGCCGCCGGUUCUGAUAUUCGUUCUCGGUCGACCACUUUAUUCCAGUUUGUGGAGUGAUAGUGAAAGAUGGGUUCUUUUAAGAGGAAGUCGCAAGAAUUCUCCAAUGAGGGUGAUAUUCCUCCAAGUAAACAGCUGAAACAAAAUGAUUUACUUGGUGUGGAUGAGCCAGUGACAUGUCUGCAUGAUGUGUCAUAUCCAGAAGGGUAUGUUCCCUCUGCUUCAACUUCUGGUUUGCCUCAACAAGAUUCAAAACCUGCUAAAGAGUUCCCUUUUCCACUCGACCCUUUUCAAUCUGAAGCAAUCAAAUGUAUUAAUAAUGGCGAAUCCGUCAUGGUAUCAGCACACACGUCAGCGGGAAAGACAGUUGUGGCAUUAUAUGCAAUUGCCUUGUCGUUGAAGAAUAACCAGCGAGUAGUAUAUACUUCACCAAUUAAGGCUCUUAGUAAUCAGAAGUAUAGAGAAUUCAAAGAGGAGUUUUCAGAUGUGGGUUUGAUGACUGGAGAUGUCACAAUUGAUCCAAAUGCUUCUUGCCUGGUAAUGACUACAGAAAUCUGGCGUAGUAUGCAGUACAAAGGAUCAGAGGUUACAAGGGAGGUGGCUUGGGUUAUUUUUGAUGAGGUACACUACAUGCGUGAUAGAGAAAGAGGUGUGGUUUGGGAGGAAAGCAUUGUUAUGGCCCCAAAAAAUUCCAACUUUGUCUUCCUCUCAGCCACGGUGCCCAAUGCUAAAGAGUUUGCGGAUUGGGUUGCAAAGGUCCAUCAGCAACCAUGUCACAUUGUUUAUACGGACUAUAGACCCACACCACUUCAGCAUUAUAUAUUUCCUUCUGGUGGUGAUGGGUUAUACUUGGUGGUUGAUGAUAAAGGGAAGUUUCGCGAGGAUAGUUUUCAGAAAGCUUUGAAUGCUCUUGUUCCAGCCAAUGAAGGGGAUAAAAAAAGAGAAAGUAGCAAGUGGCAGAAGGGUCUGGUUGUUGGCAAAUCUGGUGAGGAUAGUGACAUAUUCAAGAUGGUUAAAAUGAUUAUCCAGCGGCAAUAUGAUCCUGUAAUAUGCUUCAGCUUCAGCAAAAGAGAGUGUGAAUUUCUAGCAAUGCAGAUGGCUAAAAUGGAUUUAAACAAUGAUGAUGAGAAGGUGAAUAUUGAAACUAUUUUCUGGAGUGCCAUGGACAUGUUGUCGGAUGAUGAUAAAAAGCUGCCUCAGGUUUCAAAUAUGCUACCCCUAUUGAAACGUGGAAUUGGUGUGCAUCAUUCUGGUUUGCUUCCUAUAUUGAAAGAAGUGAUUGAAAUCCUGUUCCAAGAAGGAUUCAUCAAGUGUUUGUUUGCCACAGAGACUUUCAGUAUAGGGUUGAACAUGCCUGCAAAAACUGUUGUCUUCACAAAUGUUCGUAAAUUUGAUGGAGACAAGUUUAGGUGGUUAUCCAGUGGUGAGUAUAUUCAGAUGAGUGGUCGUGCUGGCCGUCGGGGGAUUGAUGAUCGUGGGAUCUGCAUCCUUAUGGUUGAUGAGAAACUUGAACCUUCUACAGCUAAAUUCAUGCUAAAAGGAAGUGCUGAUGCAUUAAACAGUGCCUUCCAUUUAAGCUAUAACAUGCUUUUAAAUCAAAUACGAUCUGAAGAUGGUCAUCCUGAAAAUCUGCUGCGUAACUCAUUUUAUCAAUUUCAAGCAGAUCGUGCACUUCCUGAUCUUGAGAAACAAGCAAAGAUUCUUGAAGAGGAGAGAAACUCAAUUGUGAUUGAAGAAGAAGACAGCCUUGAGAGAUAUUAUAAUCUGCUAGAACAAUAUAAGAGCUUGAAGAGGGAUGUACGUGGCAUUGUUUUUUCUCCAAAAUAUUGCUUACCUUUCCUGCAGCCUGGUAGGCUUGUAUGCAUUGAGUGUACAAAGGUUGAUGUUGAUGUUCCAACCUUCUCCAUCAAUGAAGAGGUCACAUGGGGAGUAAUAGUUAAUUUUGAAAGGGUGAAAGGGAUUUCUGAAGAUGAUGCAAACAAAAAACCGGAGGACGCGAACUAUACAGUAGAUGUACUCACGAGAUGUAUAGUGCAGAAGGAUGAGGUGGGUAGAAAGACAAUUAAAGUCGUUCGGUUGAAAGAUGCUGGGGAACCAGCUGUUGUCUCUCUUCCUUUGUCCCAGAUUGAUAGUUUGAGCAGUGUCCGUCUUGUGAUACCAAAGGAUCUUUUGCCUUCAGAAGUUCGAGAAAAUACACUAAAGAAGGUUUCUGAAGUUCUCAAUAGAUUUUUAAAAGAGGGCAUGCCUCUUUUACACCCAGAAGAUGACAUGAAGGUUCAAAGUAGCUCGUACAGGAAGGCUUCGAGUAGGAUAGAGGCACUGGAGAGUCUGUUUGAAGAGUAUGAGAUAGCGAAGUCUCCCCUUAUAAAAGAGAAGCUUAAGGUUUUGCAUAAGAAGAAAGAACUUACUAGCAAAAUCAAAUCAAUCAAGAAAACAUUGCGUACUUCAACUGUCUUAGCUUUCAAAGAUGAACUUAAAGCAAGGAAAAGAGCUCUUAGAAGACUUGGAUACAUCAGGGAUGACGUUGUGUUGCAGAAAGGGAAGGUAGCCAGCGAAAUCAGCAGUGCAGAUGAGUUGACCUUGACUGAAUUGAUGUUGAAUGGGACCUUCAGAAAUAUUAAAGUGGAGGAUAUGGUUUCUCUUCUCUCUUGUUUUGUUUGGCAAGAAAAGCUUCAGGAUGCUCAAAAGCCCCAGGAAGAGCUUGGGUUGCUCUUUGCACAAUUACAGGAUACAGCUCGGCAAGUGGCAAAAGUUCAGCUCGAGAGCAAGGUUCAAAUAGAUGUUGAGAACUUCGUGAGUUCUUUCCGACCUGAUAUCAUGGAGGCCGUCUAUGCCUGGGCUAAAGGAUCUAAGUUUUAUGAGAUUAUGGAAAUGACUCCGGUGUUUGAAGGCAGUUUAAUCAGGGCUAUCAGGAGAUUGGAGGAAGUUCUUCAGCAGCUAAUACAAGCUGCUAAAUCCAUUGGGGAUAUCGUGCUUGAGGCAAAAUUUGAAGAGGCUGUUACCAAGAUCAAGAGGGAUAUUGUCUUUGCUGCAUCUCUAUAUUUGUAGAUACAAAAUUGAAGCAUUUCUGCCAAUGCUCCAGUUACAAAGGUUAGGUUAGAUGGGUGUGGUGCCACUAAAUUAUGCCCUUAAAUUGUUGUAUGGUAGCUCAUUAUUUAUAUUUUAUCUAAAAUCGAAACCAAAUUAACUAUGUCAGUUUACAUCUUUUUUUGUUUCAA